CAACAGUUCAUAUUUUUCAUUAUCUUCAUCCUUCACCUAAAACAAUGAAUAUUUCUCAACAAAUUUGUGACUACAUCAUUAAUAAUAAUCUUUUAACAGUUUCACAGCUUUACAAUAAUAUUAAGAAUAAUGAAAUUGAAGAAAAUAAUCCAAGUUUUAAACUUCUUUAUCAAGAUCAACACUCAUUAGCUUUUUUAACUUCUUUGCUAUUUAUAUUGCCAAAUAAAGUUACUAAAACUAUUAUUGUUAAUUCAACUUAUGGUACAAAUUGUUUAAAGUUUGAAUUAUUUGCAGUUCUUGGAGUUUUAGAUAGUGCUAGAUUCCUGUUAUCCUAUUUUUUUCUUGAGCCAAAGUAUCCAUAUAGUAAAACACAUGCAAUUACAAUGUGGUUUAAAAGCUUAGAGGAAAAUGGAAUUCAAAAUGUUGAGAAUAUUUUGACAGAUAAGGAUUGUAGACAAAUUAUG